AUGUGCAAAAGGGCAUCACAAUGCCACCAAGUGGAGAUUCCUCCACCACAACCUUUCUUGAAAUCACUGAAAAACACUCUCAGUGAGCUACUUUUCGCCGACGAUCCGUUCCGAAAAAUCAGGAACGAAUCAAGAACGUUGAAAAAGAUCGAGUUAGGGUUGCAACACGUGUUCCCGAUCUUGGAGUGGGCUCGUCAUUACAAUUUGGAGUAUUUGAAAUCAGACGUUAUCUCAGGGAUCACGAUCGCAAGUCUUGCUGUUCCUCAAGGGAUUAGCUAUGCUCAACUCGCGAAUCUCCCUCCAGUCCUUGGUCUUUGUACACUCGAGCGUCGUGCCACCGAUUGUAUACGCGAUAAUGGGAAGUUCAAGAGAUUUAGCGGUGGGGACGGUGGCGGUAACGUCGCUGUUAACGGCGGCAAUGCUAGGGAAAGAGGUAAACGCGGUGGAGAAUCCAAAGCUUUACCUUCACUUAGCUUUCACCGCCACUUUCUUCGCCGGACUCAUGCAAACCUGCCUUGGCCUCUUACGUGGAGAUGGCAGAGUGGAGUACUAGGGUGCUGCUUCCUCUUCUUCCUUUUUACAACCAAAUACAUUAGCAAGAAGAGACCAAAGCUGUUCUGGAUAUCUGCAAUGGCUCCACUUGUUUCUGUCAUUUUUGGAAGUCUCUUCGUUUACUUCCUCCAUGCCCAAUUCCAUGGCGUCCAAAUUAUUGGAGAAUUAACGAAAGGGAUUAAUCCACUGUCGAUCACACAUUUGGUUUUCACGGGACCUUAUGUCACAUUGGCUCUAAAAAUAGGCAUCAUCACUGGAAUCAUAGUUCUUGCUGAAGGAAUUGCAGUGGGGAGAAGCUUUGCAAUGUAUAAGAAUUACAACAUAGAUGGGAACAAAGAGAUGAUUGCAUUUGGGAUGAUGAACAUUCUUGGUUCCUUCUCCUCUUGCUAUCUCACUAGCGGGCCGUUUUCGCGUUCGGCGGUGAACUACAACGCGGGAUGCAAAACGGCAAUAUCAAACGUGGUGAUGGCGGUUGCGGUGGCGGUAACGUUAAUGUUCUUAACGCCGUUAUUCUAUUAUACGCCAUUAGUAGUUCUAUCGUCGAUCAUCAUAGCCGCCAUGCUCGGCCUUAUCGACUACGAGGCAGCGAUUCAUCUUUGGAGACUCGACAAGUUCGAUUUCGUCGUAUGUCUCUCCGCUUACUUCGGCGUCGUUUUUGGUACCAUUGAGACUGGUCUCAUCCUCUCUGUGGGAAUAUCAGUGAUGAGGAUAGUGUUGUUCGUGGGAAGACCAAAGAUUUAUGAAAUGGGAAACAUUCAAAACACAGAGAUCUUUAGGAACAUUGAACAAUACCCUCAAGCCACCACUCUCUCUGGCCUCAUCAUUCUCCAUGUUGAUGGUCCUAUUUAUUUCGCCAACUCUAGUUACUUGCGAGAGAGAAUUGGAAGGUGGAUCGAUGAACAGGAAGAUAAAUUGGGAAAGAAUGGAGAGAUCAGUCUACAAUACAUUAUACUCGAUAUGAGUGCUGUGGGAAACAUCGACACGAGUGGUAUAAGCAUGCUUGAGGAAGUAAACAAAACCAUGGGACGAAGAGAGCUUAAGCUAGUGAUAGCGAAUCCAGGAGCAGAGGUGAUGAAGAAGCUAAGCAAGUCCAAGUUCCUAGAGAGCGUCGGUAAAGACUGGAUUCUUGUAGCUACUGCCACAAAAGACAUUCUCGUUAUAAAAUGGACUGCGCUGAUUGAUUACAAUUUCCACAAGAUGAUGGGAUAUGAUGGACAUACAAUCACCACCGAACUCUAG